AUGAUGUCGCGGCAAGUUGACUCGAAUAUAAGCAAGCUUCUUGAUGGUAGCGGCUUAAAUGGGGAAGAAAAUGACGUUUGUGACUUUACAAUAGCAGAUCAAAAUUCUGUUGCUGAAUCUCAGGGUAUUACCCCAACUACUCCAUCCAAUUUUAAACCCAUACUUGGGAGUAAUGUCACAUACGUUGUCGCAUCGGUAAUAUUAAAUGAAAAAAAUGAAUUGCUUAUGAUGCAAGAAGCAAAAGAAAGUUGUGCUGGAAAAUGGUACUUACCUGCUGGACGAAUGGAAAAAGGUGAAACAAUAAUUCAAGCUGCAACCAGAGAGGUACUCGAGGAAACAGGCUUGCAUUGUAAGUUGGAUACUUUACUGAUGGUGGAAACGGCUGGUGGUACUUGGUUUAGAUUUGUUUUAACAGGAAAUAUUAUUGGAGGGGACCUUAAAACACCCGCUAAUGCCGACAAAGAAUCCUUACAAGCAAAAUGGAUAGCCAAUCUACAAGAAAUAUCACUCAGAUCAAAUGAUAUCUUGCAUCUUAUUGAGAAAGCUAAAAUGUACAAACAAAAACCACCCGGUGUAAAUUGGCACCAGCCCAUUUUGCCAGCACCCAUCCCACAUGUUAAAGAUCUGUUGAGGCUUAUUGUAUUAAUAAAAAAGAGAAACACAAACCGGUUGCAUGUACUCCUGAGUGAGAAGACAACAUUACAUUUUCCGACAUGUGAAAUAAAUCCCGCUAAAAGUGUACAUUCAACGCUGAGAAGGUUCAUGGUUGAAAUGUUUGGUGCUGACGUCGCUCAACAUAGGCCUCUAGGGCUUCUGAAUGUAGAGGCCGAUCCUAGUGCUGACGGAUGUUGUCUUACAUUACUAGUAGCAUUUCGGCCGCCCCUCGAAGAAGUACCUUUAAUCGGAAAAUGUGCCUGGCAUGAAUUGUCACAGGAUAUUGAAAGGCAGCUUAUUCCCAUAGUCACAUCAAAGAAUUCUACUAUCGAGUUGCAUGUGGUUCGCUGA